ACAAAGCAACUGCGAAAUUCGUUCGUCUUUUUUUCUCGACCUUUUUUCACAAACGAUUUGAAAUCCACGUGAUCCACUUUUGCAGGGAAUCUGAUCAUUUUCAUUCAAUGUACGAAUCAUUAGAACGAGUCUGAAAAUACGCAGCGUUGUGAGGUUAACAGUGUUCUUUACAUCUAUAACAAUGUCAGUAACCGAUGCGACGUUAAGUUCGUGUGUACAAGUGGACGGCCACCCUCGUGCAAGUGAAAGUGAAAAUUUUCGAGAAAAUGUUUAUUCCAUUGAGAAUAAUUCCAAUGUUGAUGAACAACAUUUGGAAGUUCGAUGUUUUGUCUGUGAUGCUACAGUUCAAGGUCGUCGAUAUGCACUUGCUACAUGCAAAACUCAAAGUUCCCGGACACGAGUAAUCGAAAAAUUGGGCGAACUUGUCGGAGAAAGAUAUGUUGUGGUUAUAUCAGAAGACGAUGUAAUAUGUCGCAGUUGUGCCAACGUUAUAAACACUCUGGAUAGACUGGAGUGCGAAAUGAGAGGUGUGAAGAACACAAUUUUAAGAUUUCUAGAACAUAAAUACUCGCUGCCGGAAGGUGAAUUGAUUCGCUGCAGUCAAGUUCCAAGGCUUGGCCAGCCGCCACAAAUAACUAAGAGCGAAGCAGCAAAAAUUGAUAACCAUUUGUGCAUGAAAAGCACAAAAUUUAUAGAAGACACAAAUUGUUCAGGGAAAAAAAGAAAGAGCUCAAAUCAUUGGGUGCAGUGUGACAAAUGUUGUUACACAACGCUUAGCCAUGCAGCAGGAAAGCGUCACACAAGGCAACCGAAUAAGCAGAUAUUGCAUUGUCACAAAUGUGGGGAACAAUUUCCUGCGUUUUUGUCGUCGAGUCAUCGCUGCAAAAAUUUUAUUCUCCAAACAAAUUCUGUCGAAAGGGAAAAUCCAGUGGAGGCGCCUCGAGCUAUUCAGACAGCUCCAUUAGAGACCAUUGAUGUGGCUGCGACUAAUGACGACCCUGACGAUGAGUCAAUGGCAAUUCCAGUCAUGUCCAUACCUUCCAGUAUCGAGCCUCUGAUCUCAUCCAAGGAAGAGCAAAUUCAACUUAUCAGCUCGAUCGAUCAAGGCACGGUUCAGUUUCAAAAUUUUCUUGCCAAUGAUGGAUGCUUAAGAGACGGUCAGCCGUUAUUUAUGCGGGUAUUACAGCAGCUCGGAGUGAACGACGAGCUAGGACAAACGAGCUUGAUACCAAUGAUAAAUAACGAUGUGAUGGUAAAAACAAAGGAAAACCCAUCGAAGCAGAUGUUGACUUUGGCUGAAGAUGGAAGUUUGCAAAUGGUUGCAAUUGAUUGUUGGAACGAAGAAAAUCAAACUGACUGUGUUCCCGAAGAGGCCCUAUAAGUUUUGAGUUCAAGUUUUUCUACAGUACAAUACGUCAUUAGAAAGGACGAGGAGAUUAUUUUACUCCCGUGUUUUUUUCAUUACACCCUCGCAGCAAAUUUGACUCCCGCAGAGUGGAAAAUUGAACUUUCUGCGCAAGUAUAGCAAAAAAUAUUUUUUUCAUUUAAACAUUGAGAUCCAUUUUUAGGAAAGAAUAACCUCAUCCGUUUUAUUCGUUAUUUCAUUUUAUUCGUCAUUUAAGAUUUUUCUCCUGGGUUUAUAAGAGUGCGAACAAACGUGUGGGUAGCUUCUGGCAAUGAUUGAAGAAAUUUAAUUUUUGCUCCGAACGCUGAUUUUCUAGCGUUCAUAAACGAUUCCCAGUUUUUGUCCAACUCCUUCUGAGCACUUUUCCACGCUUGAUCCAGUUUGCAUAAGUUGAAUGGACACGGAAAUUCUGCUGGUCGCAGGGUCUGUUUAAAAUAAGUAAGAUUUUUCAACUUGCCCAUUUACGGUGACACAUUCACUUCAAAAACAAUGAUAUUUUAUUUUUCUUCUAAUUCGGAAACCUUUUAAGCUAGUUAAAAAAAAAACAUUCAUUUAAAGAUAAUGGGAGAUUCGAGCAAAUAAAAGUAUUUCAGUGCGUUCCAACAACCAUUGUAGACGCACCAAAAAUUUAAUAUUUCUUACUUCCGUGUUAAUUAAAGGUUUUUCCGUUCCUUUUGGCUUUCCCGUUGGAAUAUUUGGUUCCUCAGACUGACUCCCAAAUCUAUUCGCGAUCACCGGUUUCUGUUCAGUGUUUUGAGAGCUCCCGUUCUCUAGGUACUGAAGGUUGAGUGACGGAUCGUACUCGUUUUGAGGAUCAUACAUUUUUGGUUUUCCACUUGGUGCUAAGUCGUCGUAAUUUUCCUCCACGUAAUCAUUUUCUUCCAUAUCGUUUGGUCCAUAAUGGUUCAGUUUCUUUAUUACUAUGAAUCCGUCAUUUUGCUUAGCGAUUAGGCCAACAACUACCUGAAUAUUCAAACAAAAUAAUUUAGAAAAAAAUGGAUUUUUUUAAGUCAAAACGUGAAAACAGAAGCGAAAGACUUCUAAUCAAUUCGAGAAUUUGACAAAAUUGAAUAUCAUAUUUUUCAAACAAAAAAAGAUUUUUUUUCCAUCGAGUUACGUACGUUCAUUAGCACUAUUCCAAUAAAUCCAAGUGUCAACAAACGCGCCAUCGUUAUUGUAUCAUCUCACGAGCACGGCUAAUUCUCAUUCCACUCGCACAACACGAGAAUCGACAAUUUCAAACUACAAAAAUGAAAUCAAUUUUUCACCUUUUAUGUUAAUUUUUUGUUUGCUAUACAGAUCUUCUGUAUAUAGUGUUUAUCAAAUCGCGUCAACGCAUUUAAUCUUUAGACUGACGAAUAGAGGAUCUUGAUAUUCAAAAUUACAGCUACAGAUUACACACUCCUCGUGUCUUGUUUGAGAAACCUUCGAACGUCAGCUUCCCAGAGAUUUGGAAUGAUUUGACAUAACCAUUUUAUAAGAAUAUAACUCAAAGAUUUCUCCGCAAACCUUCUGUUUUUUUUUACACAUAAAAUUUCGCCCGUGAUCAAACUCGAAAUAUGCAGGGUUCAUUCGCAGAUAGAAGUAUUAGAAUUUAUAUCGUUAAAAUGCAAAGAAAUCCUUUGGUUUUGUGAAUUAAAUAUUCUUGUUCUAUCUCAACUACUUUUGUACCCUUCAUUGGGAAUCCAAACGAAGAGAAAUAAUAAAAUUUAUUCAUUUUUUUAGACCCGGUGCAAAGAA